AUGAUACGCACAGUGCUUCUAGCGCUGUUACUGGCAAGCAGUACUACUGGCGUUGAGCAUGAUUUCACUGUCGAGGUUCCACCUGGCAAGUUCCAGUGUUACUUUCAGCCCGUUGAUACAACCAAGCAUAAGUUCUUGGAAGUCGAUUAUCAGGUCGUUGACGGUGGUGAUCUUAACAUCAACUUCAUGAUUAUAUUGGGAGCUGAUGUGCUAAUUCAAGAUAGCAUGAAAGUUGACGGAAGUCAUAGGCUGGAUCUUCAACGUAGUGGAGACUAUCAGUUCUGCUUUGACAACUCGUUCAGCUUCCAAGCUCGUAAGGUAGUUUUCUUCGAAGUCUUCCUUUUAAAUGAUCUUGGUCAACUAGAUGAGAUGGAUUACAUGAAGGCGGCUAGAAAAGAUGAAGACCUAGAGAGGAGAAUGGCAGAUUUAGGGGUCACCAUCGAAGGAUUCCGUACCUCAGCCAAUCAUAUAAAAUCGCUGCUCAACAAGAUCGAGUACCAUCAGGCACUUCUCAGAGCACAUGAGGCCCGAGAUCGUGCUGUAAUGGGCGCUAACCUGGACAGAGUGACGUUUUGGAGUUGUACCCAUACACUUGUAAUGAUGGGUGUGGGAGCUCUGCAGGUCUUCCUGAUUCGGAGCUUAUUUGAAGACAACUCAAAAGUGGGACGGCUUCUGAGAAAAGGAAAGAGUGCAUACUGA